GGAGAGGAUAUUGACCCGUCCUUUGAUUCUUUCUGUUACACUAUAAUAUGGCAUGCAGACUGGGUCUACUGUAUGGAAUGAGAAUCACACUCCCAUCACAAUCACCCAUUCCAAAAAUUUGGUGUCACAUCUUGUCCCUCUGUAUCUUGCAGUCCUAUCUAUCUAUUUUGCCCCGCGAUUCAACACAUGAUCUCCUGCACGCAUGCGCCCGUAUCUUGGCUUCUAUGUUGAGUAGUGGUCGAGAUAUUGAUGUCCAGUUCGCAAGAUGCCAGGACACUCGCCUAGUUCACGCCCUUUGUUGAAAUGUAGCCACAGGCAGUGACAGUGGCCAACGAUGAGAUGAGGGAUUGAACACAAUGCAUCAUCAAUGGAUCAUUAUGGCUCCUGAUUGCGACAAGCAGUAUAGAAACUGAGCAAACUUCGAGA